UUCGCUACCAACUUCACGUUCACUAAUUUUGCAGGUUAUGUUGUCGUUGCUGUUGGAGCUCAACUGAAGAUCUUUGGGUUUGCGAUGUGCCUUAAAAAGGAAGCCCCUCAAGCCCAACCCGGCGAUGGUAUUAGAUCCCUGAAAUCGACGAUGUUAUUUAGAACUGUAAAUUACGAACUCUACGUAAAACCUAAUCUUUUCAUUAUGGGUUUUGGAUUGGUAGCCUUCCUGGGAUGCACAGGGUACAUUGCUUACAUGAGAUCCAAAUUUGAUGGUUUAGGUUAUUACCCUGCUAUAAAAGAGGAUGGUCAUGAAGAGUACCUGAAAAAGAAAUCAAAGUGGGACUAACCCAACAUUUCUACCUGUAAAUAAACUUAGUUCUAAUAAUUUAAAUAAAUUAUGAUAGUGAAUAAAAAUAAAAAUAAAUUUGGA